AUGAGGUUUAUGGGUUACAUAGGGCAAUGGAGAAGAGCAGCGAAGGAAGUGUUGGAUCGCACAACCAUCGCUGUGAAUUUCCUCUGCUGGUUUCACAUCACCGGCAACUACCUCUGUACCCCGUGUCACGCCUAUGGGGUUAGCAUGCUCCCCACCCUCAACGUCACCGGCGACGUCCUCCUCGCGGAGCACGUCUCCCCGCGGCUCGGGAAAGUCAGCUACGGCGACUUGGUUCUCGUUAAGUCCCCUCUCAACCCUAAGCUCAGGGUGACGAAGCGAGUCAUAGCCUUAGAAGGGGACACCGUCACUUACUUCGACCCUUUGCACUCUGAGGCUUCUCAAGUUGCAGUGGUGCCAAAGGGGCAUGUUUGGAUUCAAGGGGAUAACAUUUAUGCUUCCCAUGACUCAAGGUAUUACGGUCCUGUCCCAUAUGGUCUCAUAGAAGGAAAAGUGUUUUUCCGGGUAUGGCCACCUGAUGACUUUGGACUACUAGGUCAAUGA